AUGGGGUCCGUUGAGCAAGGGUCAUCGGUAGUGGAGCCCAGCAAAGAUGAAGCUGUUAUCAAAUCCCAUAUCGAGCAGCUCACCGCAGCACAGUUACCCAACUCAGCCAUCUACAAUUUCCUACUUUCCGAUGUGCAAAUCCGCUCCGCCUCGAAAGGGUCAAUGACGGCGCGUUUGACACUCACCCGGAACCAUAUCAAUUCGGGCGGUGGCAUCCACGGUGCCGUCUCUGCUGCUAUCGUUGAUUGGGCUGGCGGCAUGGCAAUCGCUACAUGGGAUUUACGUCACCGUACUGGCGUCUCAGUUGAUAUUCAUGUCACGUAUUUAUCGUCUGCCGCGGAGGGCGAUGAGAUCGAGAUCACUGCUACAGCCGAUAAGGUUGGUGGCACCCUGGCAUUUACUCGCGUCGUCAUCUACAAGGUUGUCGAUGGUGAAGCCGGCCCAGUCAUUGCGAACGGUUCGCAUACGAAGUACGCCAAACAGCGGUAG